GCGUGAUCAGCUGCAGCGAAACGUGGAAAAGAUUUCUUUCAAACGGGAUGCGAUAAACCAUGAUGGAUGCAAAUGGGAAACGAACAGGGGCGAACCCAAAUAGAGUACCGACUCUUCCAGCAACAAAACCAAUUCCUUGGCGUACAAAAAUAAACGUGUCUCAAUGUACCAAGUGUUUUAAGAUAUUCACCUCAUUUAGCCAACUGGGCCACCACAUGAAUGUACACGCACCUGAAAAAGCAUUUGCGUGUGAAACAUGUGGAAAGCGAUUCUCAAGUUUGAAACAAUUAGGAUACCACAUGAAAUACAUAGAAAACCCAUACUGGUGCAGGGAAAGUGGAGAGAGGUUUGCAAAGGCAGAUGAUUUAAGUUUCCACUCUAAAAUGCACUCUAAAGAAGUACACAUUUGUCAGCAAUGUGGAAAGCAUUAUGACACAUGGGACCAACUGAAGAUACACGUCAGUGCACAUAACAUAGACAUCAAAUCCUUUCGUGGUCGAGUUCAGAGGUCAAUAACCAAAACGCACAAGCACAGACCAGUGGUACACAUUAAACCUCGGCAAAAUGAGCGACCCCCUGAACUGAAACUCACAUUUGAGCAGGAUGAACAUAUGAAAACACUUGUGAAAGAAUCCGGCAAUCGGGACAGCGAUGAAGCUAAGAUUCAGUCAGACAACCACAGAACCAAGAAUAAGAAGAAAAAAUACGCACACACGCACUGCAAGAAGAGUUUUCUGGGGCGACGUGAACUGAACAACCACGAAAAAUCACACAAAGGUGAACAGGUUUAUCUAUGCGAGCGCUGUGGAAAAAGCGUCAGCGGACUCCCGGGGUUUGAAGAACACAUGACAAAACACGAACGGUUAUAUUUAUGCGAGUUGUGUGGGGAGAGUUUCACGGGACGAACUGACUACAAGCAGCAUAACAAAAAGCACAUAGAUGAAGACUCAUAUCUGUGUGAAGUUUGCGGGGACUGCUUUAUUCACGUCUACGAUUUAGACGCCCACAUGGAAACUCAUGCGGAAGAACAACUACGCCUAUGUGCUGUAUGUGGAUAUUGCUUGACCAAUAGCAAAGGAUUUAACAGUCAUAUGAAGCUUCACGAAAGUCACGUAGAACCUAGUGGCACAGCGGAAAACAGUGAGCACGUGGGUAUGCAGCAAACAGAAAUGUCGAUAAUUCUCUGUGAAUUAUGUGGAGACAGUUACAACGAGAGUAAAGGUGAGUGUAUAUGUCAUGUGACUGUCGAAGACGUACCAGGAAAAUGCGGAGACAGUUUUUGCAAACGCAAGGAAAUGGAAACACACAUGAAUUCGGGUCCGGCGUGUGUAGAAGUUAGGGAUGAACCAGUUGAUAUGGUGAGUAUUGCCGACAAGUGCACAAUCGAUAGAAGUGAUGAAUUUGACGGGCGUGUGGUGUGUGAGCGAAUUCGGGUGAACAUUGCAACAAUACUAUCUAAUGGUGAUGAGAAACAUCACCUAUCACACACAAAAGACAAGAAACUGUCACGCAAGCGUAAACGUCAUCAUAGCAACACAAACAAGGGCAGAAAGAGACACAAUCAGACAGUUCGCCUGGACACCUCAAUUCCGUGUAAUAACGCAACCGUGCAAGCCAAGCUGCACACUAAACAAAUUUGUAUCGAACCACGUCUUAAAAGAAAAUAUGUGAAUAAACGAGCGCCCGGACAGACUGAAAAAAUAUCACACAAAUUUCGCUGUUUAGUCUGUGGAAGCAUAUUCGACUCGUGUGACGCCCUCAUCGAUCAUACAUGGGAACAUAUACAGGAAAUUCUACUAAAAUUUUACAAACUAAAUAAAGAAAACGAACAGAAUUCCUCUCUCAAAAAGAAAUUGAAAAAGAACAUAUCACAUUCAUGUAAAAUGUGUGGACAUAGUUUUAAGAGUAAGGGCACUCUUGCGAAACAUGUGGGUAAAGAACAUAGAAUUUCAGGGAGACCCAAAAAACAAAGCUUCCCUAGCCUGAAGAUUCUCUACGCUGACCACAUGAACACGUCAUAUAUUGGGGGUGAUGUAGAAGAUUCAUAUACUCAUUCACACAUGCGAACAGAAGAAAUCAAAUAUAGCACUGCGCGACUUUCUGAUCGGUAUAACUUCCGACGCAACGUACCUGUAGUGAACCAAUACGGAGAGACGGUCACCGAUGAACAAUUUGAGAACAUUGUCCAAGACGAUGUAUAUAAUGAUGGAUACGUGAAAGAUUACACCGAAGACGACGAGAAAGGGCGAAAAUAUGACGACAACAAGAAUAUGGGUCCAGUCCACUGUAAGAACUGCGACAAAUAUUUUACAAAACGUGACUAUUUUGACUGGCAUAUAUGCAUCAAAUUACAGAAGCGUGGGAAAACGUAUAAAUGCGAAUAUUGUAGCCAGAAAUUUCGAAAAUCGGCCAACCUUCAACAACAUAUGAUAGAGCAGAAACACAAUUUUAACUCGCGUCAUGAUAACCAGAAUUGUUCUUCAACGCAAGACUAUCUACGCACACAUUUGAAUACUGGGUCAGUACGCCGGUCAAUACAUUUGAGAAAGGAAGCACUGUAUCAACGCCAUUGGUGUGAACAGGGCUACUCUGAAAACAAUAAUCAUAUUCGUCGUGUUGAAACACACAAAGUAAACCCGUACACCUGUCAGAAAUGCGGAGAGUGUUUUUGUUCACCCGAGGCUCUUAGUGACCACAUGGAAACCCAUAAAUUAGAACCGUGUUUGGAAUAUAGCCAACAUCAAACUAAUAAAGUCAAGAUUGACCUGAAAUUGAAAAAGAUGUCUACUGUAGUGCAGGAAUUUAGGGUGAAUUUUAAUUUGUAA